UUCAUGGCUUUUUUGUUUCGCUUGGUUACGUUGCUUUUCAACAACCUGUCGUUGUGCAGUCAUAUGUAUGUUGCGUCGAGUAAAGAAUCUAUUUUUGUUUUAAAUUUCGAAUGACCCUGAUGUACCCAGCCAGAUAUCUUGCACGUGUUCAUGUAUUAUAUUGGAAUUGGAAUUUAAAAGUAACACAUUGUAGGAAUAACAUUUUAUAAAUUUGAAAGAUGGGUGAAGCACCUAAAUAUUAUGGAAAAAGAAGGAGUAUUGUUCGCAGAAUUGGAUCAUUCUUACCUUUAAGACCACCACCAAAAAUUUAUGUAAGUGUAACACCUCUGCACUCUAUGACAAGUUCUAUGAUUAAUGAAGAAACUAGCAGUGAUUAUGUUGAUUCUAAUGGUUAUGGACCUGGAAGUGGUAGGUUGCUAGGCAGUAGACCAGAUUUAUUAGAACCAAUUAGUUUUGGUUCAGAAAUUCGGUUGCUUGCUUUGGAACAAGAAUUGCAAGAGCUCAGAGAACAGAUAUCGGUAAUAGUUAAAAAUAGUAAACAAUCUCAAUAUGCAUCGGCUGCAUCGUUGUCCAGCGAGAAAGAAGAUCUUAAACCAACACCACCACCGCCACCACCACCACUUCCGCCACCCUCCACACCGCAUAUUGCAAGGAGAGCAAGUUUACAAGAUCACAAAAUUGAAGAUCGUAAAAAAGUGCCAUUAAAUACUCAAAAAUCAAUGGGUGACAUAUUAAAAGAUAUCGAUAAAGUUAAAUUGAGGCCAAUUGCAAGAUCUCCCGGGGGUCGGCCAUUACAAAUGAAACGUGUAAAUAGUCCGUGUAAUGAUUUACAAGAGAUUUUACGUAAACGAUAUAUUGCGAUGCAGUCGCCAGAUAGCAGAAAUUCAUCUGGUAAUUUAACUCUGGAUGAUUCAUUUUCAACUUAGUUUAUUAUAAUAAUGAAUUGGUAAAUCACGGCAUACGACUCGUUGAUUCAAUUACAACAUUUGUAUGCGAUUCAACACGCAUUGCAGAAAUGCAAUACUUAAUGCAAUAAUUUAUUUCUCAUGUUGUCGAAUAUUGACAAUUUUUUCAAUUGAUAAUCCUAAUUAUUUAUCUCAUAACACAGUUCCUUUUAAUUUACAAUACGAAUUUGAAAAACGCGAAUAGGGCAUGACAGUUUUAUGAUAAUUACGUGAAAAUAUUUUUCUUAGUCCUAGAGUACAAAGCUAAUAGAAAACUCACUUUAGAAAGACAGAAAGAAAGAGAAGGAUGCAUCGAUAGAUGGCAUUUAGAAUUUUUUCUUCAUUUACUAGAAAAGAUUUUUUUGUUACAGCAAGUAAAGAUGAUACUUUGCUAACCAAAGAAUCGAACUAAUGAGUACAAUUAUCUCAUUGAUAUAGAUCUCACAUAAUUUCGACUAUUACUAUUUAACUAUCUUGAAUCCUCAUUUUUAAAUUGCAACGAAUAUAUGUAGACAAAUAUUAGCUUGAAAAUCCUUUUAUUUCUCACAUUUUUUAAAUCUAUUGACACACGUUAAAAAGAAAAUUCUAGGAAUUACAAAAUACCGAUUAAUUAAUUUUAAAUUAAAACAUAUCCGGCUAAUCGUACAUCUAAUUGAAUAGAAGAUGAAUCAUUUUUUAAUCACUUUAUUGUGCCAGGAAAAUAUAUAUAUAACUUUUGUUUCCUAUAAGCGUGAUUAUUGUGAUAUAUUGAGAUUUUUAAUGGGAUUUCAUUGAUUAUGAAGGAAGACAGAUCUAAUACAUACGAUUCCAAAGAAAAUGAAAAAAGAUAAAGACAAAAAAGAGAUGAGCAAAAAAAUGUAUUAACGAUCGUUGAUAUGAAAUCUCGCACAUGCAAUAAGCUUUAUGUUAAUUUCAUAUGCGCUUUUAUGUUUAAUGUACAUUACUUUCUGAUAUGCAUAUAUGUUCAAUUGACAUAAUUCAAUGACGACGUGAAAAGAAAAAA